ACGGCCUGUUGCGGUCUCGCCAGUGUCAUUCCUCACCAGAAUCAGGACGAUGCGCUGCCCACUGGCGCUGCUGCUGGCGCUGCUACUACCGCUGCUGCUUGCGCCGCCGGCCGCUGGCCGGGCGCGGCAGGGGCGGCUGCGUGCCCCAGCCGACUCCAGCAGCCAGCCCCUGAACAGGACGGACCGCGUGGUGGGAGGCUCGGACGUGGCCGCAGAUUCCGUGAAGUGGGUGGCCUCGCUGCAGUACCGCACGUCCAACAUGCAUUUCUGCGGCGCCACCGUGCUGAACGACUACUGGGUUCUGACUGCAGCCCACUGCAUGGUUGGCAAUGACAAGGACAAGUUCCAAGUGGUGACGGGCGGCACGGAUCUGGACGAUGCGGGUCUGCAGGUCCGCCUGCCAGCCAAGGUCGUCAUCGCCGACUACGACAGCACUGAGAAGUUCAACGACCUGGCACUGAUCAAGACAGUCGAGCCGCUACGGCCGUCAACUCGCUUGUCGGGCGAGUUCAUGCAGCUGGCGAAGGGGAGGCCGUCUGACGGCACCGCCUGCUUGGUGCUGGGCUGGGGUACCACUCGGUCGGGCGGCAGCACGGUGCGACGCCUGCAGAUGGCGCUGGUCACCACCCAGUCCCGGGACCGAUGUGCGGAGGCGUACAGAGCGCAGCACUACAACAUUUACGACACGAUGCUGUGCGCGGGCGGCGGCGCGCGGGACGCCUGCCAGGGCGACAGCGGCGGCCCGCUGCAUGGGCGGACGUCGGACGUCUGCUACACGACAGGCGCGCCGCGCUGA